GAGAAAGGGAGGGAGCAAAGGGGUGGAGGAUGAAGGAUGAAGGAGGGGAAGGCACGGUUCAGCCUCCUGGAGAGGGAGAGAGGGAACAGAGCGAAUGGCGAGUGCCAGCCCUGUGAUAACGCUCCGGCCGUUUGGCAAUGUUACCCACCAGCAACUGGCCCAAAGCACCGAGCCACCUGUCUGGUCCGCCCUACACCUCUACCAGACAACCCUCCUGGGAACAAUCUUAGCGAUAACUGGAAAUAUCCUUAUCAGUAUAUCUCUAAAUAUUCAGAAAUACACACACAUCCGGUUAUUAUGUCAAGAGAGCCUAAAGCCUUACUACACGAGCAAGCUGUGGUGGUGUGGAAUAUUUCUGAUGGGAUUGGGUGAGCUGGGGAACUUUGCUGCUUACGGCUUUGCCCCAGCGACUUUGGUCGCUCCAUUGGGUUGCGUAUCUGUUAUUGCAAGUGCAGCAAUCUCGGUAGUGUUCCUGAAGGAGAGAUUGCGCUCUUCAGAUAUCUUGGGGGGAUCUCUGACUGUUCUGGGAACCUACCUUCUGGUGACCUUUGCCAUUAAUGGUCAACAAGAAAUCACCGCCAUUAAAAUCAGGAACUACAUCGUCAGUUGGCAGUUCUUGGUUUACCUUGCACUGGAGUUCCUGCUGUUCUGUGCUUUGCUGUAUCUCAAUAAGAGAAAAGGACUGAACCACAUUAUAAUCUUGCUGCUGAUGUCCUCCUUACUGGCCUCUCUGACAGUGAUCUCGGUGAAGGCAGUGGCUGGCAUGGUGACCACGUCCAUAGAGGGCCAGCUGCAGUUCCAGUACCCCAUUUUCUACGUCAUGGUUCUCAUCAUGAUCGCUUCCUGCAUCUUCCAAGUACAAUUCUUGAACCAAGCCAUGCGCCUCUACAAUGCGACGGAAGUGGUGCCAAUCAACUUUGUUCUCUUUACGACAAGUGCCAUUAUUGCAGGAGUGAUAUUUUAUCAGGAAUUCUACGGCGCUGCCUUACUCAAUGUCUUCAUGUUCCUGUUCGGGUGUAUGCUGUCAUUCCUGGGUGUUUUCUUAAUAGCCAAGAACAGGGAGAAGCAGACAGCUAAAGUCCCAUAUAUUGACAUGGGCACCAUUCCAAAGCAGAAAAAGGCAGGAAAAAUACAACCGGAACUCAACAAUAUAAAUUCUUACGGAACUGUACGGGGUGAACAACAGAACAACAAUUCUGUGGGAGAAAAUGCAAAAUAACUAUCAAGCAACAGAUCGAAAUGGAUUUAGAACUUGAACUAAGUAUUAACUCAACGUUAACACCUCAUCGUAUUAGAAUAGUUCUUGAGCUGGCUGCUGGCUGCGGGUAGAUCCCUUCUCUACCCACUGUGGAGCUAUUGUCAUUCAAUCAGACUUCAAUGUUUACACUGGAAAAUAUCAUUUUGUCAGUUGUGUGGCUUCUAAGUAGACAAGUAUGAAAGAACACCCUUCAUGGUUUAUUUUAUUUCAGUUUAGAGAGAUGCAACGUGUAAACAAGCACUUCGGCCCACCGAGUCCGGACUGACCAGCGAUCCCUGCACACUAACACUAUCCUACACACACUAAGAGCAAUUUACAGU